CAGUGGCAGACAGACACUGCCAGUGGCACCGCCGCCCGCAACCGCAAUGGCCUCCGCCUCGCGCCUCGUCUCCCUCGCGCUCUGCCUGUGCCUGGGCGCCGCGCUCCACGCGGCGCCCCGGGGCGCCCACGCGGCCCGCGCCUUCUUCGUCUUCGGCGACUCCCUCGUCGACAACGGCAACAACAACUACCUCUUCACGCAGGCGCGCGCCGACGCGCCGCCCUACGGCAUCGACACGCCCGACCAGCGCGCCACGGGCCGCUUCAGCAACGGCAAGAACGUGCCGGACAUCAUCAGUGAGCACCUCGGCGCGGAGCCCGUGCUGCCGUACCUCAGCCCCGAGCUCGACGGCGACAAGAUGCUCGUCGGCGCCAACUUCGCGUCCGCCGGCGUCGGCAUCCUCAACGACACCGGAAUCCAGUUCGCCAACAUCAUCCACAUCUCCAAGCAGCUGCGCUACUUCGAGCAGUACCAGAGGCGCCUGGCCGCGCUGGUCGGCGCGGAGGAGGCGUCCCGCCUGGUGCGCGGCGCGCUGGUGCUCAUCACGCUGGGCGGCAACGACUUCGUCAACAACUACUACCUGGUGCCCUACUCGGCGCGGUCGCGGGAGUUCUCGCUGCCCGACUACGUCUCCUACCUGCUGUCGGAGUACGCGCAGGUGCUGGCCCGCCUCCACGACCUCGGCGCGCGCCGGGUGCUGGUGCAGGGGGUGGGCCCCAUCGGCUGCGUCCCCGCCGAGCUGGCGCUGCACAGCGCGGACGGCGCCUGCGACCCGGAGCUGCAGCGCGCCGCCGAGAUGUACAACCCGCGCCUCAUGGCGCUGCUGGCCGACCUCAACGCGCGCCUCGGCGCCGGCGGCGACCCGGUGUUCGUCGGCGUCAACACGCACCGGAUCCACAACGACUUCAUCGACGACCCCAGGGCGUACGGCUUCCAGACCGCCACCGAGGCGUGCUGCGGCCAGGGCCGCUUCAACGGGCUGGGGCUCUGCACCGUCAUGUCCAGCCUCUGCGCCGACCGCGACGCCUACGUGUUCUGGGACAACUUCCACCCCACGGAGCGCGCCAACCGCCUCAUCGUGCAGCAGUUCAUGUACGGGACCACCGACUACAUCGCGCCCGUCAACCUCAGCACCGUCCUCGCCAUGGACCUCCGGAAGCAGCAGCUGCGCACGUGAUGUACGGUCUCAUCCCAUAUGCAUGCAGGCCUCUGCAGCUUCACCAUCUUCAUUGUUGCAUGCUUGUUUUCGUUCCUCGUUCGUACUCCUCAUCCUGGCUGCUAAUGCAUCCAGGUCCAGGUGUGCCUUUCUCGUUUGCGUCUCGGUGUGUGGUGCGUUGUACGUGCAAUUGUGUGUAACAGUGACAACCAUAACUUGUCCAUUUCUAUCAUAUAGGACAGCGCAGCUGCAUCCAAUUUAUAUAAAUUUUCAGGGGAUUCAU